AUGGAUAAUUCUUCUGAUAAUGAUUUUGAUUCUAAUCUUUUAUUAUUUCAUUGUCAUAGUGGUGAAUUAGUAUGGGGUCAAUUACAUUGUAUUUGUGAAGGUUAUUUCAAUGGUCGUCGUAAUCAAUAUGAUAUGCCUCAAUCUAUACCAGAAAUCUUGGGAGGAGGAACAAUAAAACAACGUUCAUAUAAAUAUCGAUGUCGAGCUGUUAAAGGUGAUUGGCAAGCUAAAUUAUAUCGUACUCGAUUGUCUUUGAAUGNAAUCAAUCUGUACUCCAGUCGACCUAUUAUAAAUGAGUGUCCAACUUGUACCUUGUGUUCAGUCUCCUCCAUUACUUCCUUCAAUACUAAUAAUAAAUGGAUCUCAUACAGGAUAAUCAUGGUCUGUUGCAAAAUGAAAUUGCGGCAAAGCCGAUAG